AUGAUGGAUCUGUGGAAAACGAGGGGGAAACGGCGAAAUAGCCCUGCACACCGCAGGACUGGGGAGUUGAGUGAAAGUAAUAAACCGCCAAGUAUGCUGCCGAAUAAGCCAAGUGAGGGGGGCAAACGGAAACGAGUUAGUUUCGUUCAGCCGAAAGACUCGCGCGGCAACAAGCGGCUCCAACAAGAGAGUGCCUCAAUCGACCGGCGGGUUAGGACCGGUUCCAAUUGGGGCGAACGCUUUUUGGGAGGCACAACGAAAAUGGCACGCUUACAAACUCACGUGGGAAGGAAAAAAAACACUAGAAAACACAGCAUGUCACCCUUGUGUGAUAAAAAAAAGGCUCCCACCUCUCCUAGAGACACAAUCCUGCUCCGCCGAGGUCUGAGGACAGAUUGCUGGGGCUGGUGGCUCUUCCCGAAAGAAGAGGAUAUCAGAGAAUUUCAACACCGAAAAGCCAUAAACGACCCGUCACAGUCUUCAAGUGAUGAAACUAUUCACGCAUAA